CAACUGAAGCUGGUCUACCAUUUUUAGUUUAAUGGAACAAACUGACCACAUCUUAUUAAAUUUGCCUGACAAAUUUUUGCUCCUUCUCAUACCCCAUGCCCCUCACCUCAGUUUUGUUUCCUCUGAAACUUUGGCAAUUGGCCCAUUUUAUGUUUUUUUAAAGGAACACUUUUUCAAAGCAUCCUUGAGCCAUUGGUCUCUCUACCCCAUCUUUACCACUAGUCUCCACCAUCUUAAUGUGUUCUGAUGUGUUUAAUACAACACAUUACUUUUAAUCCAAAAAUGAGAUCAACAGCAUAGAAAUUAACUCAAAUGCCUUUCCAUUUGUUUGUAGAUGUUUAAAUCACUUUAAUUUGAUCUCUCUGCAUAGGUACACUUAUAAUUCCUUCCUUGCUUUAAAAACUGAAAUUCUGAACUGAUAGUCAUUUAUGGGAAAGUGUGGAGAUUGUCUUGAACUAGUUCGUUAACACUUGUAUAGUCAUGAAAUGUGGAUGUCUUCUUGUCUACUGUACAUCAGUAGAAGUGCUGUGAGUGAUGUUGAAAUGCAGGAACAUUAUGAUGAAUUCUUUGAGGAGGUCUUCACAGAAAUGGAAGAAAAGUAUGGUGAAGUAGAAGAGAUGAAUGUCUGUGAUAACCUUGGAGAUCAUCUAGUUGGAAACGUAUAUGUAAAGUUUCGACGUGAAGAAGAUGCAGAAAAGGCUGUGAUUGACUUGAACAACCGAUGGUUUAAUGGGCAGCCAAUUCAUGCUGAGCUCUCCCCUGUGACAGAUUUCAGAGAAGCUUGUUGCCGCCAGUAUGAAAUGGGAGAGUGUACACGAGGAGGUUUCUGUAACUUUAUGCAUUUGAAACCCAUUUCUCGAGAACUGAGACGUGAGCUGUAUGGCCGCCGCCGCAAGAAGCAUAGAUCGAGGUCAAGAUCCCGUGAGCGUCGCUCUAGAUCCAGAGAUCGUGGCCGUGGUGGUGGUGGUGGUGGCGGUGGCGGCGGAGGUGGCGGCCGAGAGCGUGAUAGAAGGCGGUCAAGAGAUCGUGAAAGAUCUGGAAGAUUCUGAGCCAUGCCAUUUCUAUCUUGUCUGUUAGAAAGUGUUGUAGUUGAUUGACCAAACAAGUUCAUAAUGACAAUUUUUUUAAAAAGAUGGGCUUCUGAAUAAAAAUUUGUAGUGAUACAGUU